UCCAACCCCCCCUUCAUUCUCGCACACUUCCUCCGCCUCCGGCGCCAUGGCGCCUCCGACCGCCGGCCAAGAAACGAGGCCCAUUUUCUCGGCGGUCACGUCCGCGGCCAGCAGGACCCCGUGGAGGACGACGAGGGUGGCCCAGACCGUCCCCCGGCAGUCGGCUCAGGACAGCAAUGACAGCAGCAGCUCCAGCAGCGACGAGGCGGAACCGCAGCCGCUGCCGCAGGGGAGGACCCGAAGAAGAAGAAGAAGAAAAAGAAAAAGCAGAAGAAGAAGAAGAAGCACGCGUGUAAGCAUUACAGUUCGGAGGUCGGCAAGGAUUUCAUGGAUCGGCACUAGACCCUCCCUGACGGCGCCCGUGGCUCGUUCCGCACCGCAGGGAAGGGGGUUCCAGCGCCGAUCGAAAAGAUCCGCACAGACCUCCGAAAGUGCCUGCUCUCGCCGCUUCGUCUUCGUCGAAGGACGAUCUCCUAUCCCUCCCUCGCCGCCGACGAGGACCGGGCUGGACGAACGGGGGAGGGUUUCGGACAAGGGGGAGGGGGUGCGACAUCUGCCGAGGUGGUUUCAGCCCCGCCGCCAGGCGACCUCGCUUCAUAUUCUCCGGCAGGCGCCAGGAAACAAACAGCUACGUGAGCUGAUUUGCUGACUCUCCUUUGCGAUGAGGAGGACGCGGAGGAGGACUACUUCGGCCCCCAGCGCAGCAUGACGAUGGUCUGGGACGACGACCUUCCCGAGGACCAUGGCAUCACGUCGACGGAAGCAACCAUGAGCCUCAUCACGGCGAUCAUCGGCGCGGGUAUAAUGGCAUUACCUCAGCUGCCAGUGGCAGGCGAACUGGUUUUCUGCGUUGUCCUCAUGUUCGUGACUGCGGCCGCUACGAUGGAGGCUGGCAGUGCCUUCUUCCGAAGUACGAUGGCCAACAAUAUCGUUGUCGGUCGCGGCUUGAAGUUCUCGAGCACGUAUAUCCAUACCUACGAAGAUUUCGGUCGCGCGGCUUAUGGCCCAGCUGGCGAGAAAUUGAUACGAUUUUUUCUGGUCUUCAGGGCAGCCAGAGCACAGUGAUAGUUAUCAUCGGAUCUUUCAUUGCCCGCCUCUUCCUCUUGCCCUCCCCAAUUCUCCCUUUUCCCACUAGGGGUCGGUACGUCCCACUAUCCUUGUGUCUCUGCUUGCCCUGAGGUAAUUUGGUUCGUGGGCGGAAGCUGCGGCUUCGUGAUUCUAAUGGGCCAGAACGUGCAGAACAUUCUGGCGCCUGUCGUUUCCCUAAGCUACCGUAUCUGGGUCCUCCUUCUUGCCCCGCUGCUCUGGUUUUUGGCUAUGAUGCGAGACGUCAGCGCGAUUGCGAAGUUAACGCCGCUUGGUGUCGCGUCCGCGUUCGGGUCAUGCAUCAUAAUCGUGUCUUGCAGCAUCAUGGACAUGAAAGUCUGGGAGGAAUGGCCAGAACAGGAUUUGAAAGAGCUCCACAACAUGUGGCCAGCCGGUGGCCUCCUGUCGCUUGGGAGUUUGACAGCCACAGUAUUUGGUGCAUUUGCUUGCAUCGCCAAUGUACCGUCGAUCAUGGACGAGAUGAAAGAGAAGCAACGCCUCAUGAGGUCCUUCAGGUCUGCAAUCAUCAUUGUCACGGCACUGUACAUCGGCGUCAUGGUGAUGGGGUACCAUGCUUACGGGAAUUUCAUCCAGUCUAAUUUAGUGGACUCUCUAACAUACCAUCCCGCGAAUUGGGAGGAGGCUCAAACUCUGAAGCCUAAAGACUGGACCGGCAGCGAGAGGAUCAUCUUGCCGACAGCUAUGUCGUUUUGUGUGGUGGUAAAUCUGAUCAUCAGCUACCCGCUGAUUUUGGCACCUGUUUUUCUCGCCUUUCAGGGAACGACCUACGGGAAAGAGAACAUGAAGGUGGGAACCACCAUGAACUACGUAAUGCGCACUCUUGUUGUGGCGUUCACCAUAGGAGUCCCACUUUUGAUCACGGAGUUCAGCCUCGUGUUCAAUUUGUUCGCCAGCAUUUGCGGCCCAGUACUUGGAGUGGUGAGUCCAAUAAUCUUCGGCUGGAUGAUUCGCAAGGCGGUCAAGGCCAAGCCUUCUGGCUUUGGGCGCACCAUUUGGCAUGGGUUUCUGAUGCUGCUGUCAUUAUUCUGCAUCGCUGUCGGGCUCAUGGAUUCUACGCAAAACCUCAUUGCCUCAUUCAGCAACUAAGAUCCCUCGGGGAAGUGAUCGAGGUUGGAACCGCGGUGCAGCGGUAAUCAUUUUAGCCUGCGCCACAGGUCGCGGAGGUGGACGGGGAGAAAGGGAAGUAGAACGGAGCCUGGACGCGGGGGCUUUCCUCAAGACGAGACCUAUGAUGUUCCAACCUGCUUUUAGCCUUGAGAGCCAGCGACUUUAUACACCGCCACCCUCCUUGAGGUACACGCAUCGGAGGGAAUAUCUCGUGGCGUCGACAACUUUCGUGGCGUAAGUCUCGAGAGACUGUCGGUGCGAUGGGUUCUCCCAGGGGGGUGUGGAGCACAGUGGCGCAGCUACGGCAUGCUCGCUAGGGCAGGCUGCCGCACCGUGCACGUGGCGGCGAGCCUGACAUGUCACAUACGGCGAACGUCAUUUAUAUGUUUGCUGGCAUUUGGGAAGUCAGCCGCUGGCAAAGCUCUGCGCAGCGACCAACCAGGGUAGCGGCAUACCGGCGAGGCAGAUUCAAGCAGCCGGGCUUACUAUUCUGGCGUGUCUGUUCGCAUCAUCGGAGGUUUUGCAUUUUGAUCGAUCGUUCAAUAUUUAAUCAGUCUUGCCGUUGGCGCAACGUAUGGUGCCACAUGGUUUGACACUUUGUGUUUUUAGGGGAAGAUGCGGUGCGAGAUCAUUGCGCAGUGACCAACCAGGGCGGCGGCAUACCCGCGAGGCUUUUUCGAGCAGGCGGGUUUGCUACCUUGGCGCGUCUUCUUGCACCCGCCCCCUGCAGGUUUAUCCGUCAGUUGGCCCCUCAGCAUUCCUUUUGGGAUUGUAGACCGAUCUCAGUUUUGUGCCACCCUGGCUUCCUAAACAAAACAGUCCCGGCGAGGACCAUCUCGGCGAGGGCCAUUGAUGAGUCUUGGGUUCGCAACGGUCUUCCCCCUCGUUCUUCCCCAUUCCAUUUCCUUA